GAUUGGCCGAGAUGUUUUAUUGUCAUUUCUCUUCAUUGGCCAAACGCAUCUUCUUAGGAGCCGAGUAUGAAUGGCCGGAGGUCGGUUUGAGAAGGGAAGGGAAAGCUUCCCUGAGCUCGGGCAACUCUGGCGGAUCUUCGAGAGCCUUCGAGGGGCCGGCGACCCCCAGCAGAACGGCAGACGCCAGAACCACCAUUAACUACAAUAUGGAGAGAUCCUAGCACCAUGGGAACUCCAGCCUCUAUUAUCUGUGACUUGCCACAGAAUCAAAUCGCUAAAUCAUGUGCUAGAAAGAGAGCAUCUGCCAAUAUUUUUCAGGGGGUGGGGUUACUGCAGUUACGUUGCCUCUUCCGUAGCAGUGGGGAUAUGCAAGCAGAAGAACGAGCCCAGCUAAUUUGGGAGCGUGCAGAAAGCCAAUGCAUUACUCGGGCCUUACAACAGCUCCACAGAAGGCAGAGGAAACUGAAGCUGCAAGCCAAUGGGAGGCCUCUAUCUGGAAAGGGCAGCAGUACCAGGCUGCUAGAGCUACAGCACUUCAGUCACUUACGGAUUGAAGAUUGUAAUACAUCUGCUGCUGCUGCUGUUGAUGGUGACAGUAGGAAGAAAGAGAUAGAGACAGCAGAUGGAAGUGGCCACUACAUUGCUUCCCAAUAUAGGAAGAAAGAAAAAGAGAUGAGUGUGGCUACGUACACAAUGAAAAAUGAUUGUGAUCUUAUGCCAAUGGUUGUGGCCGAAUGUAAUCAGACUAGCCUGGAGAAGCCUCAAAGGGAGAAUGUCUGACAAAUGAUUGCAGGUAACAGCAGAAAAAAAUCGAAAAAUUCUUUUGCUGUCAAGCACUUUGGUUUGCUAAUUUAGACUUGAUUAGUUUAUGUCAAAGCACAAACACUACGUAUUUUGACUAUUUAUGGUUUAUAUUUAAUAAAGCUUCUUGUCUAAAGACGUCUCUGAA